AGGAGACCACAAGGGCUGCUUUUGGCGAUAGAUGAGCGAGAAUUCAAUCUCCCUGUCCUGUGCUGGUAACCAGGAAGGGGCUGUGGUGAUCUAUGCUGUGUCCCUUUUAAUCUGGAUUAUUCACAUUAUUGCUGCAUUGCCCUGCAGGAGGAGCACCCCCCCAUCAAGCCAACGUUGCGGCCAUGUCACCUGCUGGGAAUGAAGACACCUAGGCUGAAGGAGGGGUGGGGGCACCCCGUUAUCCGAGUUAUCCUCCCCAUGCAGUGAUUGAUUUAUUUUUUGGGGGGGUAGUGGGGGAUUAUUUGUAUGGAUUCUGAGGACCCCCAUGUUUGAAUUGGUCUCUAUGGUUUUUAUUAUCCCCUGUCUGUGACAUUGAUACUGGAGGGAUAAGUGCGUUACAGUAUUAUUAUUAUUAGCCAGCCCCGGUGAGGGCGGCCUGGAGGAGGAGGAGGAGGGAGAGAGACAGCGCUCGCACGGUCUGUCUGUCUAUCUCCCCGCACAAGAUGUCGGCCCGGACGCCAUUGCCCACAGUGAACGAGCGGGACACUGAGAAUCACACAUCAUUUGAUGGAUACCCAGAACCUCUUGUUCCUCCCACGAAAUCGAGCAGCAGGCAGAGCCUUCCGCGAUGCCGUACUUCCAUUGCAUCCACCACCGACGAACAGCCUCACGUUGGAAAUUACCGCCUGUUAAAAACGAUAGGGAAGGGGAACUUUGCCAAGGUGAAGCUGGCCAGACAUGUUCUCACAGGAAGAGAGGUGGCAGUGAAAAUUAUUGAUAAAACUCAACUGAAUCCAACAAGUUUACAGAAGUUGUUCCGGGAAGUCAGAAUAAUGAAGAUCUUGAAUCACCCAAAUAUAGUAAAACUUUUCGAAGUCAUCGAAACAGAGAAGACCUUAUACUUGAUUAUGGAAUAUGCCAGUGGGGGCGAGGUGUUUGAUUACUUAGUAGCCCACGGAAGAAUGAAAGAAAAGGAGGCCCGGGCGAAAUUUAGGCAGAUUGUAUCUGCCGUGCAGUAUUGUCACCAGAAAUGUAUUGUGCAUCGAGAUUUAAAGGCAGAAAACCUUCUUCUGGAUGCUGACAUGAACAUUAAAAUAGCAGAUUUUGGCUUCAGCAAUGAGUUUACCAUUGGUAAUAAGCUGGACACGUUUUGUGGGAGCCCGCCUUAUGCUGCCCCGGAGCUAUUUCAGGGAAAGAAAUAUGACGGGCCAGAGGUGGACGUCUGGAGCCUUGGGGUCAUUCUUUAUACCCUAGUCAGUGGUUCUUUACCUUUUGAUGGGCAGAAUUUAAAGGAAUUACGGGAACGAGUUUUACGUGGAAAGUACCGAAUCCCUUUCUAUAUGUCAACGGACUGUGAAAACCUACUCAAAAAACUACUUGUAUUGAACCCAGUAAAGAGAGGCAGCUUAGAGCAAAUCAUGAAGGAUCGGUGGAUGAAUGUUGGGUACGAAGAUGAAGAGUUAAAGCCAUACAUUGAGCCAGAAUCGGAUUUCAAUGACACCAAGAGAAUAGAUAUUAUGGUCACAAUGGGAUUUUCAAGAGAGGAAAUUAACGAGGCUGUGGUUAAUCAGAAAUAUGAUGAAGUAAUGGCUACAUAUCUGCUUCUGGGGAGAAAGCCACCUGAGUUUGAAGGAAGCGAAUCACUCUCCAAUAGUAACCUAUGUCAAAGGCCUCGACCUAGCAGUGAUCUGAAUAACAGCUCCGUACCUUCGCCUGCACACAUGAAGGUCCAGAGGAGCAUAUCUGCCAACCAGAAACAACGGCGCUUCAGCGACCAUGCUGGACCAUCAAUCCCACCCUCCGUGUCCUAUACGAAGAGAGGGCAAGCGAACAGUGUUGAAAGUGAACAGAAGGAAGACUGGGAUAAGAAUGGCUCUCGUAAGCUUAGCAGCACUACUGUGGGCUCCAAAGGAGAGGUGGCGGCAAGCCCCCUGGCUGGACCAGAGAGAAAGAAGUCUACCACUGGCCCAACUAAUAGCUUGUUUCCUGGCAGUGGAAUGACCAGAAGAAACACCUAUGUGUGUGAACGUACUACUGAUAGACUGAAUGCUGUACAAAACGGAAAGGACAGCAGCUUAACAGAAAUGUCUGCAGGAAACAAUUCUACUACAGGCUCUGCAGCACCCUCAACGCGGCCUCGCCACCAGAAGUCAAUGUCAGCCUCAGGACACCCGAUUAAAGUCACUCUGCCUACUAUCAAAGAUGGCACUGAAGGCUUCCGACCGAGCAGUGCAACUCAGAGAGCUCCUGCCACGUCCCCCUCCGCUCACAGUAUUAGCACUACAACUCCAGAUAGGACCCGCUUCCCUCGCGGAAGCACCAGCCGGAGCACUUUCCACGGAGAGCAGCUCAGGGACCGCCGCACAGCCACUUAUAAUGGACCCCCGGCAUCGCCAGCCCAUGAGACCACCCAAUUCUCUCAUUCUAGAAGAGGAACCUCCACUGGUAUCAUCAGCAAGAUAACCUCAAAGUUUGUACGCAGGGAUCCGAGCGAAGGGGAGGCCAGUGGCAGAACAGACGCUACAAGGAGUACUUCUGGAGAGCCUAAAGAAAGAGAAAGAGAAGACCAGAAAGAUUCAAAGCCCCGUUCGCUGCGCUUCACUUGGAGCAUGAAGACGACCAGCUCUAUGGACCCCAACGAUAUGAUGAAGGAGAUUCGCAAAGUGCUGGAUGCCAACAACUGCGACUAUGAGCAAAAAGAGAGAUUCCUGCUCUUCUGUGUUCACGGAGAUGCCCGACAAGACAGCUUAGUCCAGUGGGAAAUGGAGGUCUGUAAGCUUCCGCGCCUGUCCCUCAAUGGAGUGCGGUUCAAGAGAAUAUCUGGGACCUCCAUCGCCUUCAAAAACAUUGCGUCCAAAAUCGCAAAUGAGCUCAAACUGUAAAGCCACAAAAUGGGGAAUGUUCAAUGUGACCAGAACGUCGGAAUGUACUGCAAAACCCUAUCCUGCCAGGGUGCAGAAAUGGGCAUAUCGACCACUAUAAAGGCAUUAUUACCAUUGGUACAUGAGCCACUCCCGUACAGCUAAUGCCCUUACUGCAAUAAGGUUAUACGUAGCUAUAAUCAACCAUAUAAUUUAAAGAUCAGUACCACUCUUAUCAUAAAUGAGCAGUCUAUGACGUUACAUGUACAGGGGAUUAUUUUGAACGUUGUUCUCUGUCUAUGUUCAUAGCAUUGUAUAAUAGACAACUGUUUGCUUAAGAGAAGCAGAUCUUGUAUAGCUGGGUUUAGUUUCCUGUACAGAGAUUUAUGUUCAGUGUUUUUGGUUGGAAAUUACAACUUUCUUCCUUGUUGUA